GGACAAAAAUGGACCAACAAAAAAAGACCAUUUUUUUUUUAACCCUGCUCUAAAACCUUCCACAACCGUUCUACUCUUCUCCUCCUCCUCUUCUUCUUAUGGCCUUUAAGCCAUGCCUUCAAGCUUUUGGUGCAGAAUUUCCAAGUUUAUUUUCUUUUAACUUUCCUAGUUAAAAUACUUCUUUCCCACUUCAAGUUUUUCUAUUUUCUUCUGGUGAUUUUAGUUGGCCAGCAAGCUAAAAUUUGCCUCUUGUUGGACACCAGCUACUGCAGAUUGAAGCUGAAGAUUAUCUUUGGUUUGCCAUUUGGUAAAUCCAUGCUAAUCUCAUCUCAUGAUGAGAAAUAACUUUAGGACUUCAUUAACAGGAGGCAAAUUCGUCAUAAAUCACGUAUAGCAUCUAGGUAGACAGGUUGCAGGAUUAUCAGAUAAUUGAUUUCAUUAUCGUUUCCAAACUAAGGUUCUCAAGAGAUAGGAUAGAAUUGGGCUUCUAUGCGAGAAGACAGAGUGAUGAAACAGAAGGUGAUUUGUUCUCCUUUAUUGAGAGAUCUUAGAAGUAGUAAUACAAGCUAUAGCCAUGGUGUGUUGGAGCUUCAUGGAGAUAUUUAAUGUGCUUGCAGUUAGCUAAGAUGAAGACCACACAGGAUCUACAAAACACAACUGAGAAACAAUCUUCAAACCAGGCUUCUCAUGAGGCCCAAAGUGACCAGCAAAACAAUACAACGGAAACACCUGUAGCAGAUUCAGGUUCUGUUUCUGCAUCAGGCAAUGACAACCAGAAAGUUUCACGUGAAGAUAUUGAGCUAGUCCAAAACUUGAUCGAACGGUGCUUACAAUUGUAUAUGAAUAAGGAUGAAGUCGUUAAAACACUUCUUAACCGUGCAAGGAUAGAUCCUGGAUUUACAACACUUGUUUGGCAAAAAUUGGAAGAGGAAAAUGCAGAUUUCUUUCGGGCCUACUACAUUAGGCUUAAACUGAAGAAACAAAUCAUCUUGUUCAAUCAUUUGCUUGAGCAUCAAUAUCAUCUAAUGAAAUACCCUGUGCCACCUAAGGUUCCAUUGACUCCGAUGCAGAAUGGGAUAAAUACCAUGCCAGUCAACAACUUGCCCAUGGGAUACCCCGUCCUACAGCAACCUCCACUUCCAGCUGCAGGUCAACCUCAUUUUAAUUCUAUGGGCAUGUCCAGUUGCCAUGUGGUUAAUGGUGUGCCUGCGCCAAGCAACUAUCAUCCAAUGCGGAUGAAUUCUGGAAAUGAUAUGGUGGUAGAAACAAGUGUAUCUGAUGUGGCACCAGCUGUUCCGCCUAGCAAUGCCAUGUCAUCUAUGUCUGAUAUGCCUGUAAGCCCUGCAUCAGUGGCUUCAAGUGGCCACUUCCCCUUCACUGCUUCGGAGAUUUCAGGGAUGGGAAUUGACACAUCAGCCCUCGACACUUCAUUCCCAUCUGAUGUAGCAAGUUCAGUAGGAUUGCAACUUCCGCCAGAUAAUGGGGUUGGUAAUUCUAGAGAUAUGCUGAGAUCCUUUGAUCAGAUUCCUUGGAAUUUCAGUCUUUCAGAUCUAACUGCAGACUUGUCAAACUUAGGAGAUCUAGGAUCUCUAGGAAACUAUCCUGGUUCCCCUUUUUUGCCUUCCGAUUCAGAUAUUCUGCUUGAUUCUCCAGAACAAGAAGAUAUAGUUGAGGAAUUCUUCGUUGAUGCCGCCCCAGGUCCCCAAUCAGAUGAAGAGAAGUCCUAGUUUAAAUUGAGAUGUACGCGUAGUUUGGUGCAAAAUGAUGGUAAAAGGAGAAUAUUGAUUUACCCGUCUUUGGUAUGUCAGUGUAGUUAUUAACCUAACUUUUCGGGUUCUACCAUUUUUUAUUCCAGUACAUUUUCAAUAUAUCUAAGCUUUGAGUUAUCAUAGUCGGAUCUUUCUUUCAUUACUAGAACCAGGUCAGGAUAUGUUAAUUUCAUUCCUUUUGGAUGUAUGAUCGUAUGAAAUAAGUUCACUACUGUCAAAAUGGUCUUUCUUUCUAUUACGUA